AUGGGUCGAGUCGUCCUCAUAUCUCUGCGAGUUUUGCAGUUGGCCUUGUCUUUAGCCAGCAUCAGUCUUAGCAGCUAUGUUAUCAACUGGUUUAUGAGCAACAAGAAGUCCAUACCAUCACCCUUCAACUACCUCCUCGUAUCAUCGAUCCUCUCGGUAUUCUCGCUCGUGUACCUUGAACUGGUGCCUCGUUUCGCUCCUCGCUUCUCACAACAAUACGUCGCCAUCGGGGUCGAAUCCGUCAACGCCGCUUUAUACUUUGCUGGUUUCAUUGCGAUCGCCAUCUACAUCGGGUCGCUGAUCUUUUGCGAGGGAGCCGUCUGCUCUUCCGGCCGGGCCGACGCCGUGGUUGCCGCGGGCCAGUUCACGACGUGGAUCGCCACGACAAUCCUCAUGGCCAAGGACAUGUUUAAAAGGGGCUUUGAGCAACCCAAGUACGCCGACAACAGCCGGGAAAUGGGACAAGUUUGA